AAACCAGACGAUCUUUAGGAUGUUGGCUCUACAGCUAAGUGUUUUGCUGACGAUUUUGCCUGCUUGUCUGCAGGCUGCCAGGAUACUGGCCAUAUUUCCCUUUCCAGGACCAUCGCAGUAUAUCAAUGUGGUGCCCUAUUUAAAGACACUGGCUUUUCGGGGUCACCAGGUGACCUCGAUUAAUGCCUUUCCUCAAAAGAAACCAGUGGGAAACUUUAGAGACAUUCCCAUCCCAGAAGUGUUUGAGAACUACAAUGAUAUUAUAAAUGAGCUAAACGAUCCAAUGAACUUGUGGCAGGAGAACAAUUUCAUAAACAAGUUCUUUGUGGACGUCACUCGCUCAGUUCUCACCAACAAAGAGGUGACAGAAACGCUUUUGCCUCCUGGCAAGGAUCACUAUGAUCUGAUAAUUGUGGAGGCUCUUCGCUCGGAUGCCUACUAUGGAUUUGCGGCCCAUUUUAAUGCCCCCAUUAUAGGCAUUUCCACCUUUGGCACCGACUGGAAUAUUGAUGAGCUGGUGGGCAAUAUAUCGCCUCUAUCGGUUACUCCCCUGGUAACAGCGGGUUUUACGGAUCGCAUGACUUUCGGGGAGCGAGUUACCAACUUUGUGGAUACAACAAUUGCCUGGCUUAACUAUCGGUUAGUGCACAUGCCAGAGCAGGAGAAAUUAUACCAGAAAUACUUUCCCGUGGUCUCAAAAAGGGUUCAACUCAGUGAUUUAAACCGGAACUUCUCCCUGGUGCUCCUCAAUCAGCACUUUUCGCUGAGCUUUCCCCGGGCCUACGUUCCGAAUAUGAUUCAGGUCGGAGGUCUGCAUAUAUCCCACAAGCCAGCUGCCUUGCCCAAGGACUUGGAGGAGUUCAUCCAGGGUUCCGGGGAGCAGGGCGUGAUCUACUUUUCCCUGGGCUCCAAUGUUAAGAGCAAGGAUCUGCCGGCCGAGAGAAGGGAACUUAUUCUGAAAACCUUUGCCAGUCUGCCGCAACGGGUUCUGUGGAAAUUCGAGAAUGAUCAGUUGCCGAGCAAACCCCCAAAUGUUUUUAUAAGCAAAUGGUUUCCUCAGCCGGAUAUCCUGGCACAUCCCAAAGUCAAGUUAUUCAUUACCCACGGUGGACUGCUGAGCACCAUCGAGAGCAUUCAUCAUGGUAAACCCGUCUUGGGCCUGCCCUUCUUCUACGAUCAGUUCUUGAAUGUAAAGCGAGCCACACAGGCUGGAUUUGGAUUGGGACUGGAUCACAAGACAAUGACGCAGCAGGAAUUCAAGGCGACCAUCGAGAGAUUGGUCAAGGAACCGCAAUUUGCAGAAACGGCCAGGCAGAUGUCCGAUCGAUAUCGGGAUCAGCCAAUGAGUCCUUUGGACACGGCCAUCUGGUGGACGGAGUAUGUUUUGCGGCACAAAGGAGCUUACCACAUGCGAGUGGCUGGCCAGGAUUUGGGUUUCUUCGCCUACCACAGCCUGGAUGUCAUAGGAGCUCUCAUGGGCGGAGUCCUUGUCACUCUUCUAAUCGCAUUGUAUGUUUUAAGGAAAAUUGCCAACUUGGCUGGCUUUGGAAACUCUAAGAAAAAGCAAAAGGUUCAGUAAAGGAAAGUCAUUAAAUUAAAGUUUGUAAUGUUACAAUAAUAAAGGGAGAUCAAGAAUUUAAAUAUA